UUACACCAUUGAAGAAGAUGUCAAGUCCUCUGAUCGACCCUUCUAUGAUCACUGCCUAUGCACAGAUCAGAACUCAAACUUCUCAACGUAGAGUAUCCGUUUGAAUACCGGUGACUUUGAAAAAUUUCUCGUCCGACACCCCUUAAAAUAUAGCAAGAUUCUCUAUAUUUAGUUGAUCAUAAUCCAUGUUAAUGUCAUGCGAUUGAGUUAGUUGCCUUAUACGAGUUGCUGCUCCACACAAGAACAAACCCAUGCUUUUUUUGAGAGAAAAAUAGCAUAUACAGUAUGAAGACUUAGCCCAUCUCAAAAUUUGACAUCUGACACCCCUUGUCUACCUAAAUUCACUUUUAUCAUCGAGUUGUCGGAGGUUUGCACGUAAGGUAAAUUUAGACGAGUUCACCAUCAAGUGCGUAAAUCAGGAUGAGACGUGAGCCGUUCAACGAAACUACGGCCGUCAAAGUUGACAAAUUUCUGAGCACCUUACUGUGCUGUCACGCCCUAAGCAAUCCAAGUAGAAAUCCCCUCUCCUUCCUGUUUUGUUUUGUUUUUCUUUUUGGCAGCACACACUCUCUCUCUCUCUCUAGUUUUUCAUUUCAGUGGAAAGCAAAAACCAGCUGCACAAUCCGCACGGCAUUCUGCUUUGCAGCUGCCAGAUCAACGGAAGAAUCAGAAUGAUGCCGCUAAUGUGGUGUUCUGCCCCACUGUCGCCACCGCCGGAAGCGGUGGUGGGUACGUUAAUGGCAAAGAAAGAUGGAAGCUUUAGGAGUGUGGUGAUCAAUAUGAGGGGUGCAGGUACAAAUAAUGGGUUCCCAUCGUUCCUUCCAAAGGAGGUUGAGAAAAUUAAGGACCCAUAUGCCAGAACGUUGGCUCAGAGGAUGGAGAGGCUCCCUGUGCCGAUUGCGUCGUCGGAAAGUUGUAUCAUGAGUAGUUGUGUAAGGCCACGAAAACAAAGUGAGAUCAAUCCGGUGGUUCUCCUCCAUUGCUUUGACAGUUCUUGUUUAGAAUGGAGGUGUGCGUACCCCCUGCUUGAAGAGGCCGGGUUGGAGGCUUGGGUUGUUGAUGUUCUUGGGUGGGGCUUCUCUGAUUUAGAAAGGUGUCCACCAUGUAGCGCGGCAACCAAGCGGCAUCACCUCUAUCAGUUUUGGAAGUCCUACAUCAGAAGACCGAUGGUAUUAGUUGGACCAAGCCUAGGUGGUUCUGUUGCAAUUGACUUUGCAUACCACUAUCCAGUAGCUGUUGAAAAGCUGGUUUUAAUCAAUGCAAGCGUCUACGCAGAAGGCACCGGAGACAUGGCAAAGCUACCUAAAGCUGCGGCCUACGCUGGGGUUUCUUUAUUGAAGAGCACCCCUCUACGCUUCUACGCAAAUAUGCUGGCCUUCAAUGACAUUUCAUUAGCUACAACCUUUGAUUGGACUAAUGUCGGACGCUUACACUGUCUGCUGCCUUGGUGGAAAGAUGCAACAGUCAGUUUUAUGAGUAGCGGAGGCUAUAAUGUCGUUUCCCAAAUAAAACAGGUGAAGCAGAAAGUACUAGUGAUUUGCAGCGAGCAAGACAAUAUUAUCAGCUACAAACAAAUAUUGAGGCUGCGUUGUGAGCUUUCGUCUGCAAUCAUGCGGCUAAUACCGGAUAGCGGACAUCUCCCUCACGUUGAUAAUCCCGCCUCCAUCGCAAAACUAAUUGCAGGGUUUGCUCGGAACAGGUCGUUGCUGAGAGAAUCCCUCCUCUGGUCCUUUGUGGCAGAAUUAUAGGACUUACUCCCUGCUAAGAGGCUCCGUUCUUCUUCUUGGCAAUACUAAGUUUCUCUUUAAACACUUCUUUUUAUAGUUGUGAGCUAAUAGAAGACUUAGCGCAAAACUGAGCGCAGUGGCGUUAUAUAGUUCAUACAGCCGACUCCACUUAAUGGGAUGAGGUUUUGUUGUUGUUGUUGUACUUAUUUUUAUAGUUGGAGUUCCAUGACUUACACAUUUAUCGUAUUUUCUUAUAUAAUUUGAAUCUGAAUAAGAGAUUGAACAGCUA